CGCCCACGCCCAGCCCUGCAGUGCUCGCAGAUUUUUCCGCCUCCGCAACCGAGCGGCAGGCGGGACGGCGGUGCAUUGGUACGCGACCCGUUAAGCCUGAGUCGACCUGUGCUCACCCAGCCUUCGAUCACCGAGAAUGGAAAUCCCGCCGACCCACUAUGCAGCCUCCAGAGCGGCGUCAGUGGCAGAGAACUGCAUCAACUACCAACAGGGGACCCCCCACAAGGUGUUUCUGGUGCAGACAGUCAAACAAGCCAGCAUGGAGGAUAUUCAAGGAAGAGGACAUAAGUAUCACCUUAAGUUUUCUGUGGAAGAAAUUAUCCAAAAACAAGUGUCAGUGAACUGCACAGCUGAAGUACUUUACCCUCCAGUGGGACAAGACACUGCACCAGAAGUCAAUUUCACAUUUGAAGGAGAAAUUGGAAAGAACCCAGAUGAAGAAGAUAACACAUUUUAUCAAAGACUCAAGUCCAUGAAGGAACCACUAGAAGCACAAAAUAUUCCAGACAGUUUUGGAAAUAUAGCUCCAGAAAUGAAGCCAGUUCGACAUUUAGCCUGGGUUGCCUGUGGUUAUAUAAUAUGGCAAAAUUCUACUGAAAACACGUGGUAUAAAAUGGUAAAAAUUCAAACUGUCAAGCAAGUGCAAAGAAAUGACGACUUCAUUGAAUUAGACUACACAAUUCUACUUCAUGAUAUUCCAUCUCAGGAGAUUAUUCCUUGGCAAAUGCAAGUUCUCUGGCAUCCACAAUACGGUACGAAAGUAAAACAUAAUAGUCGUCUGCCAAAGGAGGCACAGCUGGAAUAAACGAAGACCCUAACGCUGGAUGAAGUGUCAGUAUGCUUACUGAGGAUGUGUAUGUCAGUCCACUGAUAUGUAGCUUAAGGGGCCAAAUAAAUCCCAAAGUGUCACUUGCUAUAAAUGUCUUGAUUACAGCACAGAACUGUAUAGCUUCCAUAAUAAAAAGUGCCACGAUGUGAAAGUGUCUUAACAGUAA